AUGUUUUUCAUACGCCUUUCUUUUUCACUAGUCCUCGUGUUACUACUACAUUCACCUCGGACUGUUAUACAUAGUAACACAGCUGCAAAUGAACAAAAUAAUGAAUUGUACUUAACAAGAAAAAAAGAGUCAUAUAAUUUCUUGGAGGAAUCUUUAAACUCUCUUGAAGGAUCAAAGGCAUCUACUUUUGAAACAGUUAAAAGAAGAGUGUACAGUGUCGACCUAUCUAUUGCUCACGAUAAAAUUAUUAUGGAUUUAAAAUUUAGUAUGCUAAAGAAUAUUAUAAAUGUGAAGAAUAACAUUCUGAACUGCAUCUCAGAGUCGAUUUUACACAUGGUUCGAGCUAUUGAGCCUAUUCUAGAAGAAACGCUAACGUACAAUAAAUUCUGUACCUCGAUAGAAGAACAAUUUUUUCCGUUAUACGAAAUUGAUGAAAUAUACAAGGACAAGAUAGAAGGAUGUAGAGAGAGCACUCAUGAUACCAUUUUUUUAAAUUAUUUCGGUAUUCCUAUAAAUGAUGUAGAAUUAACACUAAAUACAUACAAGUUCGAUCCAGAAAUAAUGUUUCGUCAUCUCAAUCAUAUAGAGAAUUGUUUAAAUGAAUUUUAUUUAAAGAUGAAUCGUCCGUUCAACGAAUAUGUUAAAGAAACAGAAUUAUACAGAAACUUUAUGAAAACAUAUAAAAAAGGAGAUACGAAUAUUGAAAAUGUAGAUUACAUAAAAGUUUUUCUAGAUAAAUUUGACUCAGGGUGGGAUACUACUAAAGUGUUAGAAUUCUUUGAUGAGAUGUAUGAUCAUUAUUCACUCAACAGCUAUUACGUUCCCUGCUUCCUCAUUUUGUAG